AUGAAUUAUUGCCUUUCGUUACAUUCAACUUUUCACGAAAUAAAUUUACAAGAUGAAUUUAAACUUUUUUGGACACAACAUCAUCCUCAUUCUUCGUCGUCAUCAUGUAUAUGUGAACACUUUAUUGGGAAAUUAUCGUCCGAACCAUGGUCGCCCCAGGAUUCCAUCGUCUACGCUCUACACGAAUAUCUUUCAAAAACGCCACGCAACAACACUUUCAGUAUUGGUCUUGAUCCACAACUUUUUCAUCACAGUGUGAUUGAACAACGUCCUCGUUCAGAGCUUGCUGCUUAUGCUCUUUCUGAUUGCUUAUCAAUGCAACGUCUUAUUCUUCAUAUGAAAAAUCAAUACCAUCUAUUUCCAUCAUUCAUAUCCACAUCAUCGUCAGCCGAUAUCCUAGAGUUGCAUCCAACAUCACCCCUCGAUGCUUCUCUUUCGCCACCUCGUGCAUCACUAACACCUGCAAACUCCGUUCCUAUGCCUGAUUCUAUAGUUUCUUCACCAUCUCGACAUUCACCACCUCGUGAAUGUGCUGAUCUAUCUGCUGCUGCUCGUCGUGUUAUCCACAAUUGCAGUUGCACUUUAAAACAACGUGCGCGAUGCAAUACAUUUACUAUUAUUAAACGCAAUAUCGUUCUAGCAAGGAAAUCUAAAACCUUUUCUAGUUCGGCACAUUUGGCUAAAACCAAAAAAGGUUCACUAUGA